CGCAAAUAGGCGUAGAGCUCACUCGCCUCAUCUCCAGCCUUCAGGACCCACCCGCUUUUGAUGCUGAUCUCCCUGACCGCCGGCGGAUCUAUCCCAUGACCCCACUGCUGGCGUUGUGAUGGAGCAUGGCACGUCAGAAGAGAGCAUCAUGAGUGCAGGGAGCGGCAUCCACAAUGCCUCCUCCUCUUCAGAGCUGCCCACCGCCGCCGGCAGCACCUCCAGCGACGCCCCACCCAGCUCUCCCCAGGCAACGGGCAAGAGGAGCCGGUUCGACUGGCCGGUGGACGAGAACGACAAGGCCACCGUCAUCAAGCUGUGGCCCUGGACCAUCGGCAGGUCCAAGCUCAGAAACCCACAUGCCAGGGGCUUCUGGUGCUCGUGGAUCACCUUCUUCGUCGCUUUCCUGGGCUGGUCAGUGAGUGGGUGAAGGCACUGGAGGGAUGGAUCGAUGGAUCUAUCUAUGUGUGUCAUUCAAUUUCCUUGGCUCAGGUUUGCUUUUGCGCCCUUGAUGCCCGAGGUCCGAAAGCACAUCGGCCUGUGCGACUCCCUCACCGAGGACGGCAGCUGUGUGUGCGGCCCGUCGUGUCAGAGCACCAUCCAGUCGUCCCACAUCUGCUCCAUCGCCGGCACCAUCCUGAUGCGAAUCGCCUCGGGAUACUUCCUCGAGCGCUUCGGCCCCCGCCGCGUCAAUGUGGCCUUCCUGACGCUGUUCUCGGUGCCGGUGUUUUUGUCGACUCUCGUGGCGAACGGGCCGGGGCUGAUCGCUACUCGCUUCUUCAUCGGCUUCGUGGGCGCCACCUUCGUCACGGGGCAGUUUUGGUGCACGCUGCUCUUCGCCCCGAAUGUCGUCGGGACGGCUAAUGCUACGGGUACAUACGCCAAACACAACACAACACAAGCAGUGGAAGCACCGCACCCACACAAAUCGGCUGCUUUGCACAUCCACCUCUCUCUCUCUCUCUCUCUCUCUGUGUGUGUGUGUGUGGGUGGGUGGGUGGGUGGGUGCGUGGGUGGGUGGACGGAUGGGUCAGCUGCUGGUUGGGGGAACUUAGGUGGCGGCGUGACUCAGUUCCUGAUGACGGGUCUGUUCAACGGUUUUGUGGCGGCGGGGCUGCAUGAGGAUACGGCCUGGCGCGUGUCGAUGCUCGUGCCUGCCACGCUCUACUGGAUCGUGGCGGCCGUUAUGUGGUUCGGCGCCCAGGACACUCCCAACGGCACCUUCCACGCCGCCAUGCUCGGCAAGAGCAAAACCAGCAUCUAUAACUACAUCGAGUGAGUCGAGUCAGCCACACACACACAUGGGCGUGAGGUGACGUGUUGCGUGGAAGUGUAUGUGUCUGUCUGUCUGUCGUUGUGUGGGUGUGUCUGUCUGUUAGGUGUCUGAGUGACUACCGGAUCGUGUUGAUGAUAGUGCACUAUGCGGCGUGUUUCGGGACGGAGAUCACCAUGUACAAUCAGCUGCCCCUCUACUUCUUCGACCACUUCGGGCUCUCCCUCUCGCAAGCCUCGGGGGCUGCCGCCGCAUUCGGACUCAUCAACACUUUCGCCAGAACACUCGUGAGCUCUGGAGACAACCCCCACCCCCACGCACACAGACACUCUGUGUAUAUGUGUGUGUGUGUGUGUGUGUCAGGGAGGUCUGUUGAGCGAUCGUUGCUACCGACACUACCACAUCCAGGGGCGGCUGUGGGCUCACUUCGCGUGUAUCCUGCUAGAGGGGCUGACGCUGGUGAUGUUCGGCUUCAUGCGGUCGCUGGGCGGCGCCAUCGCCAUCCUCUGCCUGUUCUCCAUUUUCGUGCAGGUAGGUACCAGUGCAGUGAGCGGCAGACACACACAACCAUCCAUCCAUCCAUCCAUUGGCCGACCCCCGUGUGCGUGGUUGUGUUGUGUUGUGCACAUCAUCAGAUGUCAGAGGGCACCACCUACUCGAUCGUGCCCUUCAUGUCCUACCGCAACCUCGGCAUCGUCACAGCCAUCGUCGGAGCGGUCAAACAGACAAAACACACUUGACACACACAUUGACCAUCCGCUCUCACCCUGCCUCACUCACUCCUGUCUCUCGACCGACGUUCAGGGCGGCAAUGUGGGUGCGGUUGCGUGGGGCUUCAUCUACAAGGACAACCAGUCGGCCCCCAACGUCGCCUACCAGGUCCACGGCGGCGCUGUCAUGGCCAUAGCGCUCACGGCCUUCCUCAUCUACUGGCCACACUUCGGCAGCAUGCUACACAGACCCAAAGAGGGGCUCGCUCUGCCACCAGGGGCGGGGGGGAGGAACACCUACGGCCACGCCAAGACCAAGCCCAAGGGCUCGCCCCCCGCCAGGACCCCCAAGACCGUCAUACCGCCGACCGUCGAGGCAGACGCGCAGACCGACCCCGCCUCGCCCCGGCUGAGCAUCACGGGCUUCAACGGCAGUGCGUCGUGGAGCACAGCCGAUGGCGGCAUGAACGGCCAGCAGCAGCUCCAACAAGUGGUGAAUGGGGGGCCGGCUGCUAUUGGUGUUGGUGUGUUGCCCGAGGCGCCGCCGCCGGUAGUGUGGAAGAUGCCGUCGGUGCGGAGCAGCCAGAAGCUGGAGACCAUCCCUGAGACGGAGUCGCAAGUGUGAGGGAGGGGCGCGUGUGCAUCACAUCACGUCACGUCAGCGAUGAUCUUUGUAUCCUCGUGUCGGCGGGGCGGCUCGCCCCCCCUCUCACACGUGCGGCGUCCGGUGGGGGGUGGGGGGAGAGGGAGUUGGGGGGGGAGGGCACAUGUGUUGAAGUGAUUGAGGUGGAUGAACGGGAUGUGGUGUGUUGGUUUUGUCUUUUUUGUCGUGUCGUGUUUCGUGUGUCUGUGUGUGUGCGUUAUUGCUCAUGCGACUGUGUGGCAUGACGUGGGGUGGCAUCCAUCCAUCAAUAUCAAUAAUACCAUACCGGCAGGCAGGCAGGCAGUUUCAAUGCUUUAUCCUUCCUUCCCCCGUCCGUCCGUCCCUCUGCUCACUGACUGCUCACUUUUUUUCUCUCCUUCCCUUCCCCCUCACGUCACGUCAGGUCGCCUCCCGUCCUACCUACCGCCCCACCGCCCACUAAGAUGUUUUUAUCCUGCUGCAUGGGGUGGCCAUUCCAUGUCAUGUCGUGUCGUGUCGUGCACACAGAGAGGUGGGCUGGGCUGCCUCCGAAUGCAGGCAGCGUGGUGGACGGAUGCAUAAGUCACCUAAGUGUGUGUGGGCACUCACUGGCGUGGUUGUGUGUCGCUUUCUGUGGGGUGGCAUGCCAUUGACCUCUUGUACAGAUCGCAAAGGAUGGG